UUUCGUGGACCCCACAACUCAUGGUAUAUGUUGACCAAAUAAACCCAUCAGCAAAUUCCAUGAUUUUGUGAUACUGGAGCCGUAAGAUAAAGGAGAAAGAAAUCAGUUGCAUAUCUUUUCUUCUUUGGGACAAUAAGAUGAGCAUCGAAGAUCGAAGUGACCCUUUCCCAUGCAUCGUCAUCCAUAGCGACAAGGAUAACUUCAAAGUCAAAGGUACAACCUUGCGUGUUCACGAAGUGGCUCCGAUCGAUCAAUCUUCCAAGUCACGAAUCGACAAGUCCAUGCAUAUCUCCAAUUGGUCCGAGGAAGCUACUAGGGAAGUCAUCGAUCCUCGCUCCGUCUCUUCUUCCCGCUCACGAGUCUUGCUGCUGAGGUCCUCGCUUCACGACGAAAAAGCUAAACCUGUGGAUUUUAUACUCCCACAUCGUCCUUUCUCAUUCAAGGGAGGCUCGUGGAAAAUCCCACCGUCCAACUUUGGAGAGGUGUCCUUUCACGUCGGCUAUUGGGAGUGGACGGAAGACGUGCUAGGCCAUUAUGCGGACACCCUUCGCCAAGCCAAGAUAUAUGAUGUCGUUCAUGCCUCGCUAUUCACGUACGUCUGCAACAAAAAGGUUCUUCGAGCUUUCCUUGAAUUAUGGUGCCCUUCUACGAACACGUUGCACACGGCCAAUGGAGAAUUAUCGAUCUCCCUAUGGGACAUACGCGGACUAUGCGGGCUGCCCAUUCAUGGAGACUUCUACGACGAAGUGGUUCCUUCAGCGAAAGAGCUCCUCAAUCACGACUCCCGUGGAACUUCCUUACCUCGUAGUUGUAAGUACUUAUUCAUGGCGUACCACAGGCUUUCAAAAGAUUCCAGUGGCGUGCUACUCUCCGAUUGGGUUGACUUUUGGUUCAAAGGACCGACCAGAUAUAGCGAGCCUCCUUUAAGGUUAUCUAGAAAGAGGACUUCUAGGCCAAAACUUUCUCGCAAUCCUUGUGGAAAGGUUGACGCGUCAAAGUUAUCUCGCCCCAAGGAAUACGACACACCGUUUGCAACGCUCAAAGUCGAGGAAGAUAUUAAAGAAGAAACUUACUUGGCCGCGUUCAUUGCAUGUUGGCUUUGUAGUUUUGCUCUCCCUCAUGGAUCAAUUGAUAAGAUACGCGCCUCUGUUUUCAAGGUUUCAAGUCGAAUGGCUAGAGGAGAAUAUUUUUCGUUGGCAGUUCCUAUACUAGCAGGCAUCUACCGCGGCUUAAGGGGAAUAUCUACAUCGGAGAAUUUAGACGAAUCUCCUAUUAUCUUCCCCAUUCACUAUCUCUACGCAUGGAUAAGACACACUUUCGAGACUCACUUUCACUCCAAACUUGAGAUAAUUGGCGCUCAUAUGGUGAAAUAUGCGGGAGAGAACAUGGCUAAACAUUUUGAUCUCGAUGAGGCACGCGACUUAUUUCAUAAUAUCAAUAUGUCAAAGCUCCGAGAUUUGUGGUAUUCCAAGCAAGAAAUUUUAGUCACGGACGAUGCCAAACUCUCCAGCAAAUGCAAAGAUAUUCUUGUGGCUUUGCGAUCCAGCUAUUUGACAUUCCGUUGUGAAGCAGAACACAUCAUUGAAGCGUACAGUCCUCAUAGAUUCAGCCGCCAACAUGGUUUUUGCCAAAGCAUUCCGGAUGACUUAAACAAAGAGAUAUUGACUUGUGAGUUGCACGAACUCAUCCGAUUUUGGAAAUCUUGCACUUUAUUGGGCACAUCCUCCAAGCUUAUUAUGCCAAGUGACACAUCUUCCUUUCCUUUGGUGACAAAAGAGUAUACGGAAUGGUGGGCCAAAAGUUGGAAAACUUCUUUAGGAGCAAACACUAAGUUAUCACUCAAACUUGGUCGCACUAUUCAAAGAGCUUCAGCGAAAGACCCCAAAGAACCUUAUGUUUCUUCAUCUAUCGGAAAGGAAAACAUCGCGCAAGUUGCGGAGACUUCUACUAGGAAACAGCGUAUUCCUCUUGAUAACGUGGCCUCUGAUCCCGCAUUCGAAGUUGCUUAUGGUGAAGGGAAUGAGAUCAUCUCCGCGCUUUUACCUUCGAACGACGAGUCUAGCAACCAAUGUCCAUCGAAAGAGACAUCCAAGGUUUUUGACUUACCCAUCGCAAAUUCCUCAUUUUUUGAGGGCGUGCCUAGUUCUUCUAUGCCUUUAGACGAAUCAGUAAAAUAAAUCACCCUAUUUUUCUUGAUUCAUUUUAUUAUUAUUA